CCCACUGCAGCCCGGUCGAAAAGAGGUAGGCAAGUAAUCUGGUUAAUUAAACAUAUCUAAGCAAUUAAACACACGAUCAAUAGUCAGGUCCCAAGGACGACCAAUGAACCGUCUCACGGAUCUUUCUUACUAAUGAUAACCUCCGAUGUCUUGCAACUUUCUCGCCCAUCCCAUCUCAUGGGUCGUUCGUGUUAUUCCCUUCUUAAAUCCUCCUCCUUAUAUAAUUGAUUCUUAGAACUCAUUCUCCGAUCGUCUGGCUCGAAAGGUCAUGACCUGACUUGAUUUCUCGGACUCGACUGCUCAGUCCCCUCGUCUGUUUCUCGCUUCCCAAUGACGUCCCUCGUUACCGACUUUCUUGUUAACCCGGUCGUACGACAAGCACGACGAUUCUCACGAUCAUCUGCCAACUUACCCACUCCCAAGCCCGUUUCGCCACCCCAUCCUGUUAGAGAACCGAAAGAGGGCCUUGAUAAGGCCAUAUCAGAGACGGAGGAGGACCUGUACCUGGAUGGCGAGGUAGCCGAAAGCCUGUCGUCGUCUGCUUCGUCUCGGAGCUCCGUCCGCUCAUAUCCUGGCGGCGAUGCAGUCGAUUCGAUUCGGCUUAUCGGCCAGCCCAACCAUGCCACAGCCUACACCGACAUCGGCACCCCCGACACGCAAAUCCUCGGCACCGAGCCACGAAGUCUACAGAGACCGGUCGAAAUGGCGCCUCCCAGUCGCCCUCGUACCAUGGAGGAUACGCCAGUGCCUGCGGUAGACGACUCUCUUUCGGGGAGCGAACGACGGAAACCUCUGCCCGAAGAUGAUGGGAUGGGCGCAUUGCGGAAGCGUAUUUUUGCCAUUCAGGCUCAAGAUAUCGACGCAUCCGAGAAAGCGAGCAUGAUGCACCUGCUGCUGCUAGAAGGGUACACUAAAUCUAAGAAGAUCGACCUCGUAGAGCGGCCUCUGUCGCCUUCUAGCUCUACGGUCUCGGAGCAGCGACAGUACCAGGGUCCGUUGGAUUCGUUCAGAUUUUGGCAGAAUAUCUCGGGUGAGCCCGAAGUGCGAGAGGAGUUCGACCUGACACCUCAAGAUCUCCAACCCACUUUCGCAUCAUUAAAGGACUCGUCGGAGGAUUCGAGUGAGGAUCCCGAGGUCGAAGACUCGUAUUAUCGCCCCCUUGGGUGCGAACAUUACAGGAGGAACGUCAAGCUCCAAUGUUUUACCUGCGGUCGAUGGUACACAUGUCGCUUUUGCCAUGAUAAAGCAGAAGAUCACACGUUGAUCCGGAACGCGACGAAGAACAUGCUAUGCAUGUUUUGUGGAACUGCUCAGAGAGCUAGCGACGUUUGUAUCUCGUGCAGCGCGUCUGCUUCGCGGUACUACUGCAGCAUUUGCAAAUUGUGGAAUGACGAUCCCGAUAAGCCAGUCUACCACUGCAACGACUGUGGCAUCUGUAGGAUAGGGAGGGGGCUUGGUAAAGACUUCUUCCAUUGCAAGACAUGCUGUGCCUGCAUCGCUAUAAGCCAGAAGGACCACAAAUGCAUAGAGCGGUCUACUGAUUGUGACUGUCCAAUAUGUGGCGACUACAUGUUCACGUCCCCCAAGGCCGUGUGCUUCAUGAAGUGCGGGCAUAGCAUCCAUCGACAAUGCCUCGACCAACACAUGAAAGUUGCUUACAAAUGUCCAAUCUGCAACAGGAGCCUGGCGAAUAUGGAGUUACAGUUCCGCAAUCUUGAUAUCGCUAUCGAAACCCAGCCGAUGCCGGCCGAAUUUCAAGAUACCCGAGCAUUAAUUCUGUGUAACGAUUGCUCGGCCAAGAGUUCUGUCAGAUAUCAUUGGCUGGGCCUGAAGUGCGGCAUCUGUUCGUCGUACAACACGGCACAGCUUCAGAUACACGGCAUGGCCAACGAAGCCAUCGAGACCGACUUGCGCGGGCGGGAGACAAGCCCCGUCGAACUGGCAGCUUCGCGAGCUAUUCUUCUUAGGGGCGGAGAUGGCGAUGGUGCUCGUGACGUGAGACGGCGUCAUUCGUCCAACAUUCAACGUCCGGCAACCGCCGAGCCCUUUCUGGAUUCGCUUGAUAGACUGGCGCGCUCGGUAUCUCCGCCUCCUAGCAACGCACAUUCUUGGAGUCCGCCCGCCGGCUACCUGGUGGAGACUGAGGAUGAGGCGCGCGACGACAUUAUAGGAUUCUGGAGCCGUGUUCCUCGCAGCAUAGCAUCAGGCGGGGAUGAUGAUGGCACAGAUGCCUCCGAAGGGGAAACCCUGUCGUCCUCGGAAGAUGAGGAGGAUGAAGAGGCAGAGGAGGAGGACGAGGACGAUUUUGAGCUUCUUGGGCAUCGUUAGGCACGGAGGUCGUCCGUUCUUUUUAACGCAUGGGUUAGCUGGAUUCUUUUUUUACGCAUGGCAUAGGGAAGGCGUUUCGGUACGACACGAGUGCAUGAGGAAAUACCAGAGGGUUUAGGGAAAGAGUCAAAGGGAUCCUGGCGAGCAUCAAGUUGACAUGCACGUGCAAAUAUUGGUAUUUUUGGUAUAUAGACUUGGCGUCGCCGUUUCCCACUCGGUAUAUUUGGUGCGUGGCCCGAAAAGAGAAGGAGAAGAAGAAGAGACUAGACUCGGCAAGUGUUCAACAUCGCCAUCAG